AUGCAGCUUGGAAAUGUGUUGACUUUAAGCACGUUCGACGACACGAUCAUGUAUCAGACUCCUACAAAAACAGAACUAUUACCUGCACUCGCGACUAAUGUUCCUCAGUUCUUUGCAAUUCGUCAGGAAACACAAAUCUGCGAAAUGCUCUCGCCGAACAGGGUCCUACUCGUGAUAUCAAUACUUGCUUCAAGUACCUCGUCAGGAUCCGCGAAUACAUGUACGGAGGGGCAGUACAUGAAUGAAGAAACGAAACAAUGCACUGAUGUACCUGGAGGAGGGUACUAUGUUUCGGAAGCAACGGAAAUUUGCGAAACCAGUAGUUUGUAUCCGCAUUCACAGAACCCGAAAAAAUAUUACUUCUGCUCGUCGAACGUACUAAUUUUGAUGGAGUGUGAGGAGGAGAAAUACUACAAUUGGCUGAUAGAAACUUGUACAACUGAAAUUGUGACAGAAGUGAUUCCCACCAUUCGAAUUAAAAAUGGAAUUCGUGACGAUAUCGAAUUGGAUUCAUGCAAUACGACCGGUCGAUUUCCUGUUGAAGAGGACUGCAAGGUAUUCUACAUGUGUAGUACCAACACAACACAUUUUUUUCAGCAAAUGAUGCAAUGUACGUCCGGUACUACGUAUAAAGAACGUAGUCAAAUUUGCUCGGUAAACAGACCGUGCGAUGAUGAGAAAAGCGGGUGUGAGACUAAUGACGAGAGUUCCACUACCGAGGAAGCGACCACUUUUUCUGAUUCGACGACAAGCACAGACACAACUACAUCCGGAAGUUCAUCAACAUCGGAAAGUUCGACGACUCAAGGAGCAACUACAUCUGUCGCAUGGACGACUCCAGAACUGUCGACGACAGGCAGAAGCACGACCACGACGGAAAGUCCGACAACGACUGAAUGUUCAACUACGGAGGAAGAGACUACUUCCUCGGAAACGACAACUAGCGGAGACACGACUACAUCCGUAAGUUCAUCAACAUCGGAAAGUUCGACGACUCAAGGAGCAACUACAUCUGUCGCAUGGACGACUCCAGAACUGUCGACGACAGGCAGAAGCACGACCACGACGGAAAGUCCGACAACGACUGAAUGUUCAACUACGGAGGAAGAGACUACUUCCUCGGAAACGACAACUAGCGGAGACACGACUACAUCCGUAAGUUCAUCAACAUCGGAAAGUUCGACGACUCAAGGAGCAACUACAUCUGUCGCAUGGACGACUCCAGAAGUGUCGACGACAGGCAGAAGCACGACCACGACGGAAAGUUCAACGACGACUGAAUGUUCAACUACGGAGGAAGAGACUACUUCCUCGGAAACGACAACUAGCAGAGACACAACUACAUCCGUAAGUUCAUCAACAUCGGAAAGUUCGACGACUCAAGGAGCAAUUACAUCUGUCGCAUGGACGACUCCAGGAGUGUCAACGACAGGCAGAAGCACGACCACGACGGAAAGUCCAACGACGACCGAAUGUUCAACUACGGAGGAAGAGACUACUUCCUCGGAAACGACAACUAGCAGAGACACAACUACAUCCGUAAGUUCAUCAAAAUCAGGAAGUUGGACGACUAAGGGAGCAACUACAUCCGUCGAAUGGACCACUCCAGAAGUGUCGACGACAGGCGAAAGCACGACUACGACGCAAAGUCCAACCACGACUGAAAGUUCAACUACGGAGAAAGAGACUACUCCUUCGGAAACGACAACCAGCGGAGACACAACUACAUCCGGAAGUUCAUCAACAUCGGAAAGUUCGACGAUUCAAGGAACAACUACAUCUGUCGCAUGGACGACUCCAGAAGUGUCGACGACAGGCAGAAGCACGACCACGACGGAAAGUCCAACCACGACUGAAAGUUCAACUACGGAGAAAGAGACUACUCCUUCGGAAACGACAACCAGCGGAGACACAACUACAUCCGGAAGUUCAUCAACAUCGGAAAGUUCGACGAUUCAAGGAACAACUACAUCUGUCGCAUGGACGACUCCAGAAGUGUCGACGACAGGCAGAAGCACGACCACGACGGAAAGUCCAACCACGACUGAAAGUUCAACUACGGAGAAAGAGACUACUCCUUCGGAAACGACAACCAGCGGAGACACAACUACAUCCGAAAGUUCAUCAACAUCGGAAAGUUCGACGAUUCAAGGAACAACUACAUCUGUCACAUGGACGACUCCAGAAGUGUCGACGACAGGCAGAAGCACGACCACGACGGAAAGUCCAACCACGACUGAAAGUUCAACUACGGAGAAAGAGACUACUUCUUCGGAAACGACAACCAGCGGAGACACGACUACAUCCGGAAGUUCAUCAAAAUCAGGAAGUUGGACGACUAAGGGAGCAACUACAUCCGUCGAAUGGACCACUACAGAAGUGUCGACGACAGGCGAAAGCACGACUACGACGCAAAGUCAAACCACGACUGAAAGUUCAACUACGGAGGAAGAGACUACUCCUUCGGAAACGACAACCAGCGGAGACACAACUACAUCCGGAAGUUCAUCAACAUCGGAAAGUUCGACGAUUCAAGGAGCAACUACAUUCGUCGAAUGGACCACUCCAGAAGUGUCGACGACAGGCGAAAGCACGACUACGACGCAAAGUCCAACCACGACUGAAAGUUCAACUACGGAGGAAGAGACUACUCCUUCGGAAACGACAACCAGCGGAGACACAACUACAUCCGGAAGUUCAUCAACAUCGGAAAGUUCGACGAUUCAAGGAGCAACUACAUUCGUCGAAUGGACCACUCCAGAAGUGUCGACGACAGGCGAAAGCACGACUACGACGCAAAGUCCAACCACGACUGAAAGUUCAACUACGGAGAAAGAGACUACUUCUUCGGAAACGACAACCAGCGGAGACACGACUACAUCCGGAAGUUCAUCAAAAUCAGGAAGUUGGACGACUAAGGGAGCAACUACAUCCGUCGAAUGGACCACUACAGAAGUGUCGACGACAGGCGAAAGCACGACUACGACGCAAAGUCCAACCACGACUGAAAGUUCAACUACGGAGGAAGAGACUACUCCUUCGGAAACGACAACCAGCGGAGACACAACUACAUCCGGAAGUUCAUCAACAUCGGAAAGUUCGACGAUUCAAGGAGCAACUACAUUCGUCGAAUGGACCACUCCAGAAGUGUCGACGACAGGCGAAAGCACGACUACGACGCAAAGUCCAACCACGACUGAAAGUUCAACUACGGAGAAAGAGACUACUCCUUCGGAAACGACAACCAGCGGAGACACAACUACAUCCGGAAGUUCAUCAACAUCGGAAAGUUCGACGAUUCAAGGAACAACUACAUCUGUCGCAUGGACGACUCCAGAAGUGUCGACGACAGGCAGAAGCACGACCACGACGGAAAGUCCAACCACGACUGAAAGUUCAACUACGGAGAAAGAGACUACUCCUUCGGAAACGACAACCAGCGGAGACACAACUACAUCCGAAAGUUCAUCAACAUCGGAAAGUUCGACGAUUCAAGGAACAACUACAUCUGUCGCAUGGACGACUCCAGAAGUGUCGACGACAGGCAGAAGCACGACCACGACGGAAAGUCCAACCACGACUGAAAGUUCAACUACGGAGAAAGAGACUACUUCUUCGGAAACGACAACCAGCGGAGACACGACUACAUCCGGAAGUUCAUCAAAAUCAGGAAGUUGGACGACUAAGGGAGCAACUACAUCCGUCGAAUGGACCACUACAGAAGUGUCGACGACAGGCGAAAGCACGACUACGACGCAAAGUCCAACCACGACUGAAAGUUCAACUACGGAGGAAGAGACUACUCCUUCGGAAACGACAACCAGCGGAGACACAACUACAUCCGGAAGUUCAUCAACAUCGGAAAGUUCGACGAUUCAUGGAGCAACUACAUCUGUCGCAUGGACGACUCCAGAAGUGUCGACGACAGGCAGAAGCACGACUACGACGGAAAGUCCAACCACGACUGAAAGUUCAACUACGGAGAAAGAGACUACUCCUUCGGAAACGACAACCAGCGGAGACACAACUACAUCCGAAAGUUCAUCAACAUCGGAAAGUUCGACGAUUCAAGGAACAACUACAUCUGUCGCAUGGACGACUCCAGAAGUGUCGACGACAGGCAGAAGCACGACCACGACGGAAAGUCCAACCACGACUGAAAGUUCAACUACGGAGAAAGAGACUACUUCUUCGGAAACGACAACCAGCGGAGACACGACUACAUCCGGAAGUUCAUCAAAAUCAGGAAGUUGGACGACUAAGGGAGCAACUACAUCCGUCGAAUGGACCACUACGGAAGUGUCGACGACAGGCGAAAGCACGACUACGACGCAAAGUCCAACCACGACUGAAAGUUCAACUACGGAGGAAGAGACUACUCCUUCGGAAACGACAACCAGCGGAGACACAACUACAUCCGGAAGUUCAUCAACAUCGGAAAGUUCGACGAUUCAAGGAGCAACUACAUUCGUCGAAUGGACCACUCCAGAAGUGUCGACGACAGGCGAAAGCACGACUACGACGCAAAGUCCAACCACGACUGAAAGUUCAACUACGGAGGAAGAGACUACUCCUUCGGAAACGACAACCAGCGGAGACACAACUACAUCCGGAAGUUCAUCAACAUCGGAAAGUUCGACGAUUCAAGGAACAACUACAUCUGUCGCAUGGACGACUCCAGAAGUGUCGACGACAGGCAGAAGCACGACCACGACGGAAAGUCCAACCACGACUGAAAGUUCAACUACGGAGAAAGAGACUACUUCUUCGGAAACGACAACCAGCGGAGACACGACUACAUCCGGAAGUUCAUCAAAAUCAGGAAGUUGGACGACUAAGGGAGCAACUACAUCCGUCGAAUGGACCACUACAGAAGUGUCGACGACAGGCGAAAGCACGACUACGACGCAAAGUCCAACCACGACUGAAAGUUCAACUACGGAGGAAGAGACUACUCCUUCGGAAACGACAACCAGCGGAGACACAACUACAUCCGGAAGUUCAUCAACAUCGGAAAGUUCGACGAUUCAUGGAGCAACUACAUCUGUCGCAUGGACGACUCCAGAAGUGUCGACGACAGGCAGAAGCACGACUACGACGGAAAGUCCAACUACGGAGAAAGAGACUACUUCUUCGGAAACGACAACCAGCGGAGACACGACUACAUCCGGAAGUUCAUCAAAAUCAGGAAGUUGGACGACUAAGGGAGCAACUACAUCCGUCGAAUGGACCACUACGGAAGUGUCGACGACAGGCGAAAGCACGACUACGACGCAAAGUCCAACCACGACUGAAAGUUCAACUACGGAGGAAGAGACUACUCCUUCGGAAACGACAACCAGCGGAGACACAACUACAUCCGGAAGUUCAUCAACAUCGGAAAGUUCGACGAUUCAAGGAGCAACUACAUUCGUCGAAUGGACCACUCCAGAAGUGUCGACGACAGGCGAAAGCACGACUACGACGCAAAGUCCAACCACGACUGAAAGUUCAACUACGGAGAAAGAGACUACUCCUUCGGAAACGACAACCAGCGGAGACACAACUACAUCCGGAAGUUCAUCAACAUCGGAAAGUUCGACGAUUCAAGGAGCAACUACAUUCGUCGAACGGACCACUACAGAAGUGUCGACGACAGGCGAAAGCACGACUACGACGCAAAGUCCAACCACGACUGAUAGUUCAACUACGGAGAAAGAGACUACUUCUUCGGAAACGACAACCAGCGGAGACACGACUACAUCCGGAAGUUCAUCAAAAUCAGGAAGUUGGACGACUAAGGGAGCAACUACAUUCGUCGAAUGGACCACUACAGAAGUGUCGACGACAGGCGAAAGCACGACUACGACGCAAAGUCCAACCACGACUGAAAGUUCAACUACGGAGGAAGAGACUACUCCUUCGGAAACGACAACCAGCGGAGACACAACUACAUCCGGAAGUUCAUCAACAUCGGAAAGUUCGACGAUUCAAGGAACAACUACAUCUGUCGCAUGGACGACUCCAGAAGUGUCGACGACAGGCAGAAGCACGACCACGACGGAAAGUCCAACCACGACUGAAAGUUCAACUACGGAGAAAGAGACUACUUCUUCGGAAACGACAACCAGCGGAGACACGACUACAUCCGGAAGUUCAUCAAAAUCAGGAAGUUGGACGACUAAGGGAGCAACUACAUCCGUCGAAUGGACCACUACAGAAGUGUCGACGACAGGCGAAAGCACGACUACGACGCAAAGUCCAACCACGACUGAAAGUUCAACUACGGAGGAAGAGACUACUCCUUCGGAAACGACAACCAGCGGAGACACAACUACAUCCGGAAGUUCAUCAACAUCGGAAAGUUCGACGAUUCAAGGAGCAACUACAUUCGUCGAAUGGACCACUCCAGAAGUGUCGACGACAGGCGAAAGCACGACUACGACGCAAAGUCCAACCACGACUGAAAGUUCAACUACGGAGAAAGAGACUACUCCUUCGGAAACGACAACCAGCGGAGACACAACUACAUCCGGAAGUUCAUCAACAUCGGAAAGUUCGACGAUUCAAGGAGCAACUACAUUCGUCGAAUGGACCACUACAGAAGUGUCGACGACAGGCGAAAGCACGACUACGACGCAAAGUCCAACCACGACUGAAAGUUCAACUACGGAGGAAGAGACUACUCCUUCGGAAACGACAACCAGCGGAGACACAACUACAUCCGGAAGUUCAUCAACAUCGGAAAGUUCGACGAUUCAAGGAGCAACUACAUUCGUCGAAUGGACCACUCCAGAAGUGUCGACGACAGGCGAAAGCACGACUACGACGCAAAGUCCAACCACGACUGAAAGUUCAACUACGGAGAAAGAGACUACUCCUUCGGAAACGACAACCAGCGGAGACACAACUACAUCCGGAAGUUCAUCAACAUCGGAAAGUUCGACGAUUCAAGGAGCAACUACAUUCGUCGAAUGGACCACUACAGAAGUGUCGACGACAGGCGAAAGCACGACUACGACGCAAAGUCCAACCACGACUGAAAGUUCAACUACGGAGGAAGAGACUACUCCUUCGGAAACGACAACCAGCGGAGACACAACUACAUCCGGAAGUUCGUCAACAUCGGAAAGUUCGACGAUUCAAGGAACAACUACAUCUGUCGCAUGGACGACUCCAGAAGUGUCGACGACAGGCAGAAGCACGACCACGACGGAAAGUCCAACCACGACUGAAAGUUCAACUACGGAGAAAGAGACUACUUCUUCGGAAACGACAACCAGCGGAGACACGACUACAUCCGGAAGUUCAUCAAAAUCAGGAAGUUGGACGACUAAGGGAGCAACUACAUCCGUCGAAUGGACCACUACAGAAGUGUCGACGACAGGCGAAAGCACGACUACGACGCAAAGUCCAACCACGACUGAAAGUUCAACUACGGAGAAAGAGACUACUCCUUCGGAAACGACAACCAGCGGAGACACAACUACAUCCGGAAGUUCAUCAACAUCGGAAAGUUCGACGAUUCAAGGAGCAACUACAUUCGUCGAAUGGACCACUCCAGAAGUGUCGACGACAGGCGAAAGCACGACUACGACGCAAAGUCCAACCACGACUGAAAGUUCAACUACGGAGAAAGAGACUACUCCUUCGGAAACGACAACCAGCGGAGACACAACUACAUCCGGAAGUUCAUCAACAUCGGAAAGUUCGACGAUUCAAGGAGCAACUACAUUCGUCGAAUGGACCACUACAGAAGUGUCGACGACAGGCGAAAGCACGACUACGACGCAAAGUCCAACCACGACUGAAAGUUCAACUACGGAGGAAGAGACUACUCCUUCGGAAACGACAACCAGCGGAGACACAACUACAUCCGGAAGUUCAUCAACAUCGGAAAGUUCGACGAUUCAAGGAGCAACUACAUUCGUCGAAUGGACCACUCCAGAAGUGUCGACGACAGGCGAAAGCACGACUACGACGCAAAGUCCAACCACGACUGAAAGUUCAACUACGGAGAAAGAGACUACUCCUUCGGAAACGACAACCAGCGGAGACACAACUACAUCCGGAAGUUCAUCAACAUCGGAAAGUUCGACGAUUCAAGGAGCAACUACAUUCGUCGAAUGGACCACUACAGAAGUGUCGACGACAGGCGAAAGCACGACUACGACGCAAAGUCCAACCACGACUGAAAGUUCAACUACGGAGGAAGAGACUACUCCUUCGGAAACGACAACCAGCGGAGACACAACUACAUCCGGAAGUUCAUCAACAUCGGAAAGUUCGACGAUUCAAGGAGCAACUACAUCCGUCGCAUGGACAACAUCGGGAGCGUCGACGACAGGCGAAAGCACGACUACGACUGGAAGUUCAUCCACGACGGAGAGUUCAACCACUGUGGGAUGGUCGAGCACAGCAAGUACGAUGACCACCGACAGCCGAACCACUAUGGAGGAGAUGACUUCCACGGGUUCAACAGAAACAACCACUGAUAGUUCCACUACCAUUUGUGUAGAUGUUACAUUAUCCCCAAUUACAACAACGGCCACAGUGCCAGUAACAGUUGAGUGUUCUUCCGUGGGAUUUACGAGAGUUGAAAACAGCUGCACGGAAUACAUACAAUGCACCAGUGAAAUGUUAAACACUAAUACUUCAACUUUGCCUUAUAAAUGCCCCACUUGUCUUCGGUUUAACGAACAACUUGCCGCUUGUGAUUACGUAUCAAACGUACCAGAAUGUUCGAAUGGUGCAAGUUCUUCAGAAAAAUGCACUGGACCAGGAACAUUCAGGAAUACUCAAGAUCUUCAGAAAUAUUACACAUGUGAAAAUAUCAAUGAUGAAAUUCUAAUGACAUCACAUACCUGUUCAGGAGAAUUAAUCUUCAACCCAGAUACCCUAUCAUGCGAUGAUCCAGCGAGUGUUACAACUAUAGUGCAAGCUGACGAGUGUUAUACAAUUGGUUUCUUUGCUAAUUCGGUACACUGUGGAGAGUUUUUCAUGUGCACCAUGGAAACCGAUGCAUUGCUUCAAAUAAACUCCACCUGUCCACCUGGACUAAUCUACAAUGAAUAUGGAGGAUAUUGUACAGAUGCCACCGAAAUACCAGGAUUUUCAGCUGUCAGCGAUCUGGACCCAACAAGAUAAUUUCAACUGUUCAUUGUACGGUUACAUUCCAAGCACCAGAAACAGUCAACCUUUCAUUUGAUAAUUAAUGGGUAUUCAUUAUUAGUGCAUUGGCAUACUUCAAUGGUAAAGAAAUUGGUGAAAUUACGCAUUUCUUGAUAGUUUAAAUUGAUGAAGAAUUACACGAAAAUUUUCGACCCGAUUAGCAAUAUUUUAUUGAAAUUUACAGAAGAAUAAAUAAAAAUGACUACUA